GUCCUGUUCCUUGGGUUAUCGAAGUGUAUGAACGUACAAAGUGACAGUGUAAAACAAAGGGGACUGGGGCGUUGUACUCCCUUGUGCGACUCCGUUGCCUCGGGCGUUCGUAUCGCACAACCUGCUGGGAGUUGUAGUCUUGAAACCGGAGGUGCCUGGCAGGCGGGAGGGGGGUUGGGAGUUUCGGCGCUGAUUCCGCGGGAAGGGCCCAGGGGCCUCACACUUCGAGUCGAGGGAGCUGCACGUUUUACCCGGAGAGACGCUGCCCGUGGAGCCCGCGUCGCUGCUGUUCUCAGCGGGCUUUGGAGUGCGGGCGGGGGCAACAGGGUCGAUUCCGAGCGGGGCUGAGCUUUUGAAAUACUUCAACCAUGACUAAAAGAGAAGCAGAGGAGCUAAUAGAAAUUGAGAUUGAUGGAACAGAGAAAGCAGAGUGCACAGAAGAAAGCAUUGUAGAACAAACCUACACACCAGCUGAAUGUGUAAGCCAGGCCAUAGACAUCAAUGAGCCAAUAGGCAAUUUAAAAAAAUUGCUAGAACCAAGACUACAGUGUUCUUUGGAUGCUCAUGAAAUUUGCCUGCAAGAUAUCCAGCUGGAUCCAGAACGAAGUUUAUUUGACCAAGGAGUAAAGACAGAUGGAACUGUACAGCUAAGUGUACAGGUAAUUUCUUACCAAGGAAUUGAACCAAAGCUCAACAUCCUUGAAAUUGUUAAACCUGCGGAAACAGUUGAAGUAGUUAUCGAUCCAGAUGCCCACCAUGCUGAAGCAGAAGCACAUCUUGUUGAGGAAGCUCAAGUGAUAACUCUUGAUGGCACAAAACACAUUACAACCAUUUCAGAUGAAACCUCAGAACAAGUGACAAGAUGGGCUGCUGCACUAGAAGGUUAUAGGAAAGAGCAGGAACGCCUUGGGAUACCCUAUGAUCCUAUACAGUGGUCUACAGACCAAGUCUUGCAUUGGGUAGUUUGGGUAAUGAAGGAAUUCAGCAUGACUGAUAUAGACCUCACUACACUCAACAUUUCAGGACGAGAAUUAUGUAGUCUCAACCAAGAAGAUUUUUUUCAGCGCGUCCCUCGGGGAGAAAUUCUCUGGAGUCACCUGGAGCUUCUCCGAAAAUAUGUGUUGGCAAGCCAAGAACAACAGAUGAAUGAGAUAGUUACAAUUGAUCAACCUGUGCAAAUUAUUCCAGCCUCAGUGCAGUCUGCUACACCAACCACCAUUAAAGGUAUCAACAGUAGUGCAAAGGCAGCUAAAGUACAAAGAGCUCCAAGGAUUUCAGGAGAAGAUAGAAGUUCACCUGGGAACAGAACAGGAAACAAUGGCCAAAUCCAACUGUGGCAGUUUUUGCUAGAACUUCUUACUGACAAAGAUGCUCGAGAUUGCAUUUCUUGGGUUGGUGAUGAAGGCGAGUUUAAACUAAAUCAGCCUGAACUGGUUGCACAAAAAUGGGGACAACGUAAAAAUAAACCUACGAUGAACUAUGAGAAACUCAGUCGUGCAUUAAGGUAUUAUUAUGAUGGGGACAUGAUUUGUAAAGUUCAAGGCAAGAGAUUUGUCUACAAGUUUGUCUGUGACUUGAAGACUCUUAUUGGAUACAGUGCAGCAGAGUUGAACCGUUUGGUCACAGAAUGUGAACAGAAGAAACUUGCAAAGAUGCAGCUCCAUGGAAUUGCCCAGCCAGUCACAGCGGUAGCCCUGGCUACGGCUUCUCUGCAAACAGAAAAGGAUAACUGAGCCCAGGACCUUCUGGGAGUUCCAGGUCUUUCUUAAAUAUUGGAGCAAGUACUGCUCUUACCUUUAUUACUGAAUUGGAAUCUUCUUUUAUUUCUAGACUGUACAAUCUGAUGCAUGAUUUUUUUAUAAAUAUUUCAUACUCUUGUGAAUCUGGAUCUUUUUACUUUGAGCAUAUAUUUUAGAAUAUGUAUAUGUUAAAGGAUCACCACAAUGGCUUCAGUGUGAAGGUGGGUUCAUUGUGGGAUAGUUUGUGAACAGUCAGGAAAGCUGAACUGGUCAGUAUUAACGUCUAGCCCGACCAAAAAUAGCCAGUAGCAUCUGAAGAUGAAAAGUAAAUGAAGUAUCUGCAGGGAACAGUCUGGCUUAACUAUUUUUGAAAAUGUUACUGUUUCCCCUCUGCUGCCCUAGAUGUCACUUUACAUAGAACCGCAACAUGAGAUUUUACAGCUAAAGCAUGUGUGCCUCUUUCAUUUAAUCAGGCAGAGCCAAAAUAGUCAUAUCAAAUAAAAUUAUAUAUUAAUAACUAAAAUAAGAGUAUCAAGUUAUUAAAGUAAUUUAUAUAUUUGCAGCAAAGGACAAUAAGAAGCCGACUGGCAGAAGAGCAGUGCUGAAGAAGGAGGUACAGGUUUAAAUCUGGCUUACCUCAAGCCACUUUUAAGGAUUUUCUGUAUAGAUUAUUCAUAAUGUCAGGCCAAGAAUUUAAAUUAUUUUAAGAGAGAGGCAUUUAAUUCUAAUGAACCAACUAUUACAAAAAUUCUGAAAUGAUCUCUGUUUUUCCAGUCAGAGAUGUAAAAAACUGAAAAGUAUACCUCAGCCAGAAAAUUGGUUUGGUUUGGAUUUCUACUUUUUUUUUUUUUUUUUUUAAUUUUACCCUAUAGUGCCGGUUUAGUGCGCAAAAGAGCUUACAUAGUCAUUGUGUUUCUGAUGAAAUGAAGACUUUAAAUCAGUCAGCAGUACUUUGCCUUUCAAGACGUUAGUAAGUUACAAAUACAGAGGGUGCCAAAAAAAUGUAUACACAUUUUAAGGAAGGAAAAAACUAUUAAAAUUAUAAUACUCAAUAUAUACUUGUAACAAAAGAUGAAUACAAGUCAUGUGUAUACAUUUUUUUGGCACCGCUGGUAGUUUAAAAAGGAAAUUUUGACCUCCAGUACAGGCAGUCUUCUCUUAAAACAAAAUGUCCCAUUUAUUUAAUUUUCUCCUUUUGAAUAUUUGUAUGUGUGAAUAUACAAAUAUCUAUAUACAUGUCCAUUUUGACCAUUUCCUAUAUAAAGAUACACUCAUAAAUGAAGACAGUAAUAUUCAAAAGGAAAGAUAUUUCAAAAGGUAAUAAAUCAUUUUUAAAAUUCUUUAAUAAAGUAAUUCUUAUAUAUGAGCAACGUUUUACUUACCACAAGCUGACACUAAACAGAAAUGGCUAGAUAUGUCUUUCUUUUUUGCUUGCUCGCUCACAUGCUUUCCUUGUUUUUUGUUUGUUUGUUUGUUUUAAGGUCUUAUGUACAAAUCAUGAUAUGAGAUGUUGGCAAAUAGCUUCUAAUCCUCUUAUAACAGAAGACUGAUUCUCAAAUAUUAAUUUAUGCACCUUCUCCCUCAUCAUCUCCUUUAAAUUUGUCCCCCUAAACAGCUUUAUAAGAGUCAAUGCUUUUGACUAGGAGGAAAGGGCCAAGGUACUAGAGUCAGGGCGGCAUUGUUAGCAGUUUUUGCUGCCAAGACUAACUAGUGGUGUGGCAUGAACUACAGGAGGAGGCAGGGCUCUUAGAAACAAGGCGGAAUCUACCAUCUCCUUUUCUGACAACCUCAAAUCAUAAUUUUUAGUGCUGUGCUAUAGGACUACAAAAUGCAGUAUUGGCCCAUUUAUAUUACUGUAUUAAGGCCUUUAAGACCCUGCCAUAAAUAUCUAAGGAAGAAUAAAAUUUGUAACUUUCAUGUUUACCUUUUGAUAAACACAUACAAAAUAGACUGUCAAAUUAUUAGUAUAAUUUGGGCACAGUGAUUCCAAGAGUAUCUGAGUGGAAUAGCAAUUUGAAAUAAUCAACAGAAGCUCUAGUUUCAGAUAACAAAUAACUGCAAAGGUUUUGCAUCAUCUGCUUUUCGCCUGGGGAGUUGACAAGUAACUUACAGUUUUAAGAAAUAAUAUACUAUUCUGGGUAUGUUAUCAAAAGCUUAAAUUCUUCACUUUCAGAUAUAAAAUGCUUUUGGGGAGAUACUGUUUUAAGUUUUAGCCAAGAUUGCAGACUUCAUGUCUCAAUCAUAGGUAUAUAUUUUUUUAAGAUAAGAAACACCCACAUUUAUGUUAGAUUCCCUAAGACUAUUACCCUGUUUCCCCAAAAAUAAGACCGGGUCUUAUAUUAAUUUUUGCUCCAAAUGAUGCAGUAGGGCUUUAUGUUCAGGGGAUGUCAUCCUAAAAAAUACUACGGCUUAUUUUCCGGUUAG